AGUGUCCUCCGCAGUGUCUGAAAACGAGAGUUUGUUUUCUAAUUUUCCUGUUUUCCUCCGUUUUUUUUUUUUUUUCUCUCUCCUCUUUUCCAGCGAGGCGGUGCCUUCCCCCCGGAGCCGGGAGCAGCCCCGAAGGAGCGGCUUUUCCCGGGCAUAGGAGCGGAAGAGCGAGCCCCAGCACAGCGUAGACGCUCUGUGCGCGGCCGUCCCCGCUUCCUCCGCCCUCCGCGCCGGGAGGAAGGGCAGGGCAAGGCUUCGCCUUCCUCCUCCUCCGGCGGGGCGGGGAAGUUUCUGGCACCUUCUGGCGGUGCCGGCGGAAGCGGGCGGGAGGGAGCGGGGGGAGCGGCGGAGGCGGCGCCGGGGCAGCGCCAUGGCCAAGUGGGGUCAGGGAGACCCGCGCUGGAUCGUGGAGGAGCGGGCUGACGCUACCAACGUGAACAACUGGCACUGGACGGAGCGGGACGCGACCAGCUGGUCCAAGAGAAAGCUGAAGGAGGUGCUGGAGGGGCUGGUGGUGGAGGGCGAGGCCGGGCGCUGCGAGAUCGGCGACCUCAAACACGUGGAGGGCGAAGCGUCCUGCAACAGCCGCAAAGGGAAACUCAUCUUCUUCUACGAGUGGAACCUGCGCCUCAGCUGGAAAGGUACAGUGAAAGAGUCUGGUGAGAAACAUAAGGGAUCUGUUGAAAUUCCUAACCUGUCAGAAGAAAAUGAGGUAGAUGAUACAGAGAUAAAUGUUAGCAAGAAGAAAGGGGAAGGUGAUGUUCUAAAGGACCUGAUGAGAACUGAAGGAACCACCAAAGUCAGAGAGGCCCUGAGGGACUACCUGAAAGCACUUAAAACAGAGUUCACCUUGGGAAUGAUCCUGCCAACAAAAGCUCCUGUUGGUCAGGAACUGGCCACAGAGCGAAAACCAAGUGGGAGCAUGGUGCAGGACUCUGUUACACCACAGUCUCUGGAUAUGGUUGGAGUAAAAAUUCCAACAGUGAGGAUACAUAUGAGGGAAGUCUUCAACUCUCCAGCUGAUGAACUUUACAGCAUCUUCACAAAGAAGGAAUUGGUACAGAAGUUCUCCAAGUGCCCAGCCGUGAUUGAAGCAGAGAAAGGAGGCAAACUGCAGAUGUUUGAGGGCUGUGUCAGCGGUGAAUACACAGAACUGGUCCCAAGCCAAAGAAUUGUCCUGAAGUGGCGGUGUAGGAGCUGGCCUGACGAAUGCCAACACAUGGCAACCUUGCCACCCAAAAAGCUUCCAUCAUCAAGGAGACAGAGGUGCUGCUCCCUGCUACAGGCCAGGUUCUCCUGAAAAGUUUGCAGUUAUUAACAACCCCUCUGAACUGAGGUGAGGUCUGUGGUAGUGAGAAGAACAAAGUCCCCACAGCGACAGGAGAGGCGCAAAGCACUCUCUGGGUGUUGCCUGCUGCUGCUUGAAGUGUCCAGGUGCUAGGUGGGGAGCAACCUCUUGAGUAAUGCUGGAUUUUAGCAUCUCUUUCUGAAUGCUCAAAAUUUAGUUAUCUUUUCCCCCCCUCUCAGCAUUCAAGGAAAAAAAGCCUGAUGUUUUGAAUACAAAAAUGUUUCAGGGUAGGGAUUGACAAAGGGAAAUUAAGACAGUUCAGGCUUCAGCAGGUUUAUGGGUAGAUGGUUGAAGAGAUAUUGCAACAAUUUAAUCCUUGAGAGUAGGUGGUUCUAUGCAAUUCCAAGUUUCUUCUAAGAGUGGAACUGCAGCCCCAGUAUUCUGUGGGAAUUAUGCUUCCCUCAUGACUGAAAUCCCUGGUUCUCCUGUUUCUCUGUCCUCACUGGAAUAGAGCAAUUGCCAAUCAGUGGUGUUAAAAAAGACAGGACUUAAUUGUGCUUCCAGUGUUGCAGUCCCUGUUCCAGGUGUGAGGCUGCCAAAACCCCUGGAAAACAAGCAGCUCCAUAUCCCUCUUAAAAUUUCUCCUGGACUUCCCAAUUAAAAAUGUUACAUGGUAAUUCACUCAGGCAAAGAGAAAAAGUAGUAAAAUGGGAAAGACAUGGUUGUAAGAUUACGACCAAAAUUCUUUACAGAUCUCAGCACUUUAAAUGCCAUAGGAGAGGCUGCCUGUGCAUGGAGAAGGUAUUUAAAACCUUAAUUUUGAAGGGGUUAAAUGGAAGGUAGAAAUAAGUACUAAUAAAUGAGAAGUGAGAUAAAACCUGGAAGAAAAUCAAAGCUUUUAAGAGACUGAAGAAGCCAGUGGAAGAUUAAAGGGUUUAGAUUUAAACGGAUUUCAAAGGUGAGAUAAGGGAAUAUUUUUAAAGGCAGAAAAAUACAAACCAGAAAACUGAUUUAAAGUGAGAGAAGGGGAACAGAAUGGAAGAAAUAAUGACUUACAGAGCACAGAAAGUGAGGGAGACAGAGGACAAACACCUGGAAACAGGCUCUGGAAAAGGAAGACACCUUUGUGCUGGUAUUGCUUACUUCUGUUCAAAAAACUCUACUGCAAAAAACUUCUUGGUAAAAAUUGCAGGAAUACUCAAGAGGGAAAUUAGGAAGUAAGGGAAGAGCAGUAAUCGUAUUUCUGGUAAUCCUGACAUGAUUGAUGGUGCAGUAUUUGUGUAUCCUUUAUGAAAUCAUUAUCAAGUACUGUUUGUAGUUUGCCUGCUCAAAAAUGAGCUAAAAAACCACCCCAAAGGCCAGAAGGCCACAGCUCUGGUGUGAUCCCAUCCUGCAGGAGCUGCUAAAGCCAGCAAGGAGCAGCAGCUCAGACACAUCCCAAUGUUAUUAAGGCUGAUUAAUUACAAAAACUACUCACCCAAAGGGGUUCCAACAGCUGCUGCAGCUCAGGUUUUGAUCCAUAGGGCCAGUGUUUUCCUUGCAGAAAAAUUCUGAUUGUAGAAGUUUUGACUAGAAGCUGAUGAUGAUUUCUCUGGAGUAACAAUCUGGGGAAAGCUAAUCAGAAAAAGUAAUAAAAUUAUUCCUAAAGAGAACAAACCCAUAGUUAUUUCAUGUCUGAAUAAUGAGGAUACCAACUUAAGCACUUACCAGUGUCAGUAGUGUCUGUAAAUGCAGGAUAAAAAUGCCAAAUAAAGAGGAAUAUAAAUUUGUAAACUUUAAAGACUAAUUAAUUACAGAACAUUGAAACCAAUGAGAGUAAAUUCAAAGGGAGCAAGAGCAUCACAGACUUGAGAAGCAAGUGAUGCAAAACUGCAGUGAAGGGUAGAUGGAAUGAAAGAAUUUUGGAGAAAAAAAGACCAAGGUGUAGAUGAAGACAAUAGAAAAACAAAUGAGCUGAGCAACUGGGAAAUGAAGCUGAAAAUGGAGUUUAAUCAGAUACUAGAACCAGUAGCAUUAACAGUCCAAAAGGUCACAUAGAGACUGGUAUUACUCAGAAAUAACAGGGGGAAGUAUAAUGGGAGGGAUGAUAAAGUCAUUCCAGGUGUGCAGAAGCUGUCAAAAAGUGAGGGGGCACAGCCAGAUAGAGCAGAGGGAAAAAAGAAAGGAAGUCUGUAAAUGGUGCAGGAGAAAAACUGUAUAAGAGAUGUUCAAAUAAGGGAAAUGAGAUGCCAAGUUCCCCUGGCUUUUGACAGCACUUCACGUUCCAACAACAAGCACCAGUCCCUCUCCACUGUGUGGCUGAACACUCGUGCACACUAAACAAGCACCAAAAUCUACAUCAAAUAUGAACCUCCAACCAUCAUUUCUCUCUGCUGCUGUUUGACUUAGGAAGUUCUUUGCUGAGAAAUACAAAGACUGAAGCAACAUAUUAUAAACAAAUGAAAAGUCAUCACAAUCAGUUUAAUGAAGUGCACAGAAUAGCAGUUGAUCAUGUCAAUAAAAAUAAAACAAUUAAUUUUACAUCAAGUGUGCUUUAUUUCCUCCACAGGUAUUCUGUUAAAUAAAGCACCAUAUAUAUACUGCCAGGCCACAGCUAAAGAGGAUUCUUUACAGAAUCAAAUUUCUUGUGGUUGUUUAGUAUACAAGUAAACUUAAUUUUGAUAAUAAGAACCACAGCGAUCUGAGGCAAUCUGCCUCGAUUAUAAGGUACAAAACUGGCACAGAGAACACCAUAUUAUACACAGUAAAAAUGCCAUAAGUUUAAAUUACAUCAUACAGGGCCAGGAGGCCCUGUCUCCCAGACAGCCAUAUUAAAUGAAAGCCACUACAGUGAACUCUUAAUUACAUAAAACAUAGCCAGUAUCUGAUUGCCCUUUAAGAAAGUGUACGGUAGAUGCAAAAUAAAAUAAAAUUUAAAAAAAAUAAUCUUGAGUUCUGCCUGACCAGGAAUUAAGCAUAUAAAUCUAUCUUGCCAUUCAAGCAGAGAGCACUGGACAAACUGAAGCACAAAACAGAAAUAAGCAAAACUUAUACAAACAGCAUUUUUUCGGGGGAAGAAGGAUUAAAAAAAAAAAAAAAAAAAAAA